AUGAACGACAACAACAUUCUAACUGUGAGUUCAUCCAUUGUUUCUAUCGAUCAUCGUCCUAGAGUGAUCAGCAGCAAUGAUUCCAUAGGAAGAAUCUUCAAUUCCAAUAGUAGUUUGAAUAAUACGGUGGUGAAUGUUGAGCAUCAACGUAGCACACCGAACAUUCGGCAAUGUUCAAUAACUGAAAUGUUACUUUUCUACGCACAAAAAGAUAUGGAAUCGUCGGCAAAUCUUCAUGGUAUUCUCAAUGUUCUUGAACUUCAUUUUAAUACAUAUGCCAAUGAAAAACACCAAAUAUUUUUUGAAGACAUCUUUCGAAUUCUAAAUGAUUUCCAUGAACAAGUCACAGAAGUCGUACUGAUUGAAACAAUGCAGUUUUUACAGUUUGACGUUCGAACUCCAUGUACUUUUGAAAAUUUCCUACUUAUCCUAUGCUAUCUACCACCGAUCAAACAAGAUACGCAUAGUUUUCUUAGCGUCUUCAAUGAACUUGAUCACAACAAAGAUUUGUAUAUAACUUUCGAAGAUAUUCAACGUGUUCUACCACACUUAACGUCUCAUUUUGAUGAAGAAAUCAUUCGAAUAGCUAUUCAUACGAUUGACGCCGACCACGAUAAUGAUCGUUUAUCGUAUUUUGACUUUGUUACAAGUUUAAUUGCCUUGCAGGAAUGUCGAUUGAAUACAAAAUCUCUGUCCAAAGGUUCAUUCUAA